AUGGCUUAUGAGGAUCCCUCAACAAUCCUUAUGGUCGAAUUGUCUACCCAUGAUCUACUUCUCAGGUAUCGGGCUUCUGCUGCGCAUUCUCAACACACAUUGUUCAAAGCGGCCAACUCGAGAGGGAUGAGCUACCAUGUUUUCCUCGUCUAUGCUUAUGCCAUUGCUUCUCUUCUUCACCUCCCUGCUCCUUUCUUCUCUCUCAAAUCAGGAGUGCUUCCUCCUCUCAGGUUGGCCAUACUUGCCAAAAUCGGCUUUCUUGGGCUCAUUGGGGGCUUUUCACAGAUUUUGGGCUAUGCUGAAAUCAGCAUGAGUUCUCCAACUCUGGGUUCAGCCAUCAGCAAUCUCACUCCUGCUCUCACUUUCAUACUUGCCAUCCUUUUCAGGAAUGAGAAGGUGUCACUGAGCAGAAGAAGCAGUCAGGCUAAGAUCAUUGGGACUGUAAUGUCGAUUUCUGGUGCAUCGGUCAUCACUCUCUAUAAAGGCCUUCCGAUCAUUUUCAAUUCGAAACCUUCUCUCUCACUUUAUCCACUUGAGCACUCAUCAAACUCAAACUGGGUCGUUGGGGGGAUUCUCCUCACUGCUGAAUAUAUUUUGGUCACUUUGUGGUACAUUCUUCUGGUAUACUAUACCUAUUUUCAUUUUGUUUUGCAGGUGCUACAUUUAGAACUUGACUUGAAAAUGAUGGGAGAUCCGACACAUGAUCGUGCAGAAACAAAUAAUGAAGGAGUAUCCGGCAGAAAUGACCGUAAUCUUCUUUUACAAUGGGGUCAUGAGCUUCCUGACCGCCAUUGUUUGUUUAGUAAUGGAAUACGAUAUGAAUGCUUGGAGAGUGCAGGGUAUAGGACUGGCCUCUGUAAUAUGCUCGGGCCUUUUUGGACAAUGCUUAAACAACAUCGUUCACACAUGGGCAAUCCGGUUGAAAGGCCCUUUCUAUGUCGUGAUGUUCAAGCCAUUGUCGAUUCCUAUGGCUGUCGCCAUGGGUAUCUUCUUUCUUGGCGACACACUUUAUCUCAGAAGUCUUAUAGGAGCGACCAUACUGUCAUCGGGUUCUAUAUUGUAAUGUGGGGGAAGGGGAAAUAUGAAAUGGUUGAGGAGUCUGCAGAGAUUCGAUUGGAAUCACCAUCCUUUCAAAAAGUCCCUCUACUUCGAGAAAGUUCAGACAAAUGAAUAGUAGAACAAAUAUCCAAGGAUGGAUUGAAGAUAGGUGCUGCUUGGAAACUUUGUGAAAGUUUUUUUCUCAACCUCGAUAAGCCUGCACAAAUAGGUGUCAGUGCCAUAUCUAUCAUUGAUCUGAGUCCAAAGGAAUCAGAUUGUGAAUGCCCAUCGAUCCCAAAAACCGGAUUGCUUGUUCAAACCAUCGAGAGGUGUGGAUGAAGGUCAUCACUCCAAGCACAAAACCCAGCUAUGACAUGCGAGAAUAUUAAGUCUCUUGCUUCCAAUACAGUCCAUUGUUAUCUGUACAAAGUCUCUAGUCAGUAGUUACAGAAAUAUGUGGCAUUUUAUUUGAAUGAAUCUGCUAUAAAUGUAUAUCAAGGUGAAAAAAGGACGAUGAUGAUAAACGUUAUUUUUU